CUUUUUCAUGAGGUAUGCAAUGGUAGCGUAUCAGUCGCGAGCAUCAGCUGAUGAUUGAACACUGAACAGUUUGAACUGGCUUUUCUUUCUUGGUAAUCGGUAUCUUGCUUUCUACUACCUGCACAUCAACUGAAAUAAGACAUAACAGCCACUGGUUGUAUACUUCUCUUUGGUAUAUCUUUUUUUCGGAAGUAAUUUAUUUGACAGGACGCGCUUCGGGAAGGAUGGCUGCCAUCAAGGCGCUUCAACAGUGGUGCAAACUUCAGUGCAAUGGGUACCGAGAUGUGGCUAUCAUCAACAUGACAACUUCUUUUAGGGACGGGUUGGCGUUCUGUGCGCUUAUCCAUAAAUACAGACCGGACCUAAUAGACUACGACUCCUUGAAUAAAGAGGAUAUUUUUGACAACAACAACUUGGCUUUCCGGGUUGCAGAGGACAAGCUGGGGAUCGCUGCUCUGCUGGAUGCAGAGGACAUGGUGGCCCUGAGGAUCCCAGACCGACUGAGCGUCCUCACCUACGUCUCCCAGUACUACAACUACUUCCACGGACGCAACCCUAUUGGAGGGGUGGGUGCUGUGAAAAGACCAGCAGAGGGCUCCAAGGAGGAGCCAUGUGGAAAGAAGAAUUUCCCGGUGGUGGCCAAAACCAUGGUGUAUAAAAUGGCCAUAGAGAAUCGUCCACCUCCUUCCUCUCUCAUGGUGAAAACCUCCCCCAAAGCAACCAGAGCUGCUGUUCAGAAGACUGAUGUAUUGGUGGAGAGCUCCAAUAAGACGGGCACUCUCAGCAGUAAAUGUGUUGUGUGCAAAUGCCACGUUCAUCUAGUCCAACGGCACUUCAUCGAUGGGAAGCUUUACCACAGGAGCUGCUUCAAGUGCAGUGAAUGCUCCAACGUCCUCCUGGCUGGGGCCUAUAAACCAGGGAAGGAGCCAGGUUGCUUCAUCUGUAAUGACCACCAGAACACCAAGAAUGACUACAACAAGCCUCCCUCUGGGGUUGUCAUCCAGACCAGAUGCCCAAGUGCCAACGUUGAAUCCAAAAGUGACACCAGCAGAGUCCAGUCUGUGUCCCGCCCCACCUCUGUGCCUUUGACUCCCAUCAAGGGUGUCUUGAAGCCCGUGGAGACCACCACCCCAGCUCCCCAACCCUGGACCAGCUCGGCCCAGAGAACCCAGGCAGCACGGCAGAGGUUCUUCCAGUCAUCUUCCUCCACCCCAGAGGUCCCCUCCAGCAGCCAGAAGCCAUCCGUACUGCCAAGUGUGCCCCUGAGUCCUGAGGAAGAGAAGAACCGAGCCAGGGCCGUCAUUACCAAGAAACUAGUUGAGGCGAACUGCAACAACAAAAACACCAGAUACUUUGUUAUCCAACCAGCAGAAAGGAGGUUUGAAGAUAUGGUAAGCUCAGAUGACCUCCCCAGCUGGAAGCAGGCUGAAUGUGGGCCAGGCACAGCAGGACAACUCUUCACCAGCAAUAAGGAAUUGCUUAACACCGUCAACAAAGCCAGCGCCAGACCAACAACCGUAUCCUCCACCAUCAAAGUAAAUGCAGACCGUGCAGAGGCUCCUGUUAACUGGCGAUCAAAGCUCAAGCCUGUUAAAAAUGGACCAGGACUGAAGACCUCUGACUCUGAAAACCAAGCGAUCAUUGUUGAGCAACCCAAACCUGAAGCCAUCUUGAAGUCUUUUGCUACUAGUAUCGUCGUCAACAUCCGCUCUACCUCUCCUCCGAUUCCCCCACCUACCUUCAACCCUCCACCUGGCCCGGUGUCUCACAGAGCUCCGUCUCCCAAGCAGCACCAUUGCGGCUCUGGAGACUUGGGUAGUAAAAAUGGGAAUUAUUCUACUACUCUGUCCACUCCUCCCCUGGUUCCUGUCUGGCACAGGGUUCCCACUCCAAAUAAGCCUCACCACAGCUUUGCAGGAUCGGGCUCAACGGAUGGCAAUUCUCCCCCUAUAUUUCCUAAACAGCUUCGCCAGAGCUCCACAGGUUCCAAAAAUGGAAAAUAUUUGUCACCCACAAACACCUCCCAGUCUGAAAUUAGGUCACCCUCGUCCCAUCAUAUCCCCAUGGACCAGAUAGUGAAGGAGCUGCGUGAUAUUGAAGACAUCCUGGGUGACUUGGAGAGGAAGGGAGUGGGGAUGGAGAAGAGGCUUCGCAGCUGGGAGGAAGAGGGCAAGGGGGACAUUUUGAUGGACCCUCUAAUGGUUGACUGGUUCAACCUGAUCCAAAAGAAGCAGACAUGCAUUAGGAGGGAGUCGGAGCUUGUGUACAUAGCUAAGACUCAAGACCUGGAGGAGCAGCAGCCUGGGGUGGAGGGUGAGCUGCGCAGACUGUUGGAGAAACCAGAUCAUCUGAAGUCGACAGAGGAGCUUCGGCGAGAGAGCAGUCUGAUGGAGAGGCUGAUGGAGAUUGUGAACGGUAGAAACGCCAUUGUAGAAGGACUGGAUGAAGACAGGCUCAGGGAAGAUGAAGAGGAUCAGCAGUUGAAUGAAAUGAUGCAGACUCUUGGACUUAAAAAAUCCAAAAUCAAGAGGAAGUCCUUCAAAAUGCUGUUCAGACGAAAAAGUAGUAAAAAGGUUGCAGUGUUUUGAUUGUUCUACCCUGCUCUGGGGGGUGUAUGCGUUUUCCAAUGUGUCUGGAUUGUACUUAAAUAGGGUUUAUAUUUUCAAGUGCGUGUGUACACCAAC